UGCAAAUAACCUAAAAAAAUAUGAUUUUUUAAUUAAAAUAAUAAUAUAACUGUUACUUUAAGCUACUCGAUACAUAUUAAGAAAAUGAUUGGCGUUGUGCCUAAAAACUUGUUGCCACCCCGUCUCUCAUUUCAUAAGCGGUGUUUUAGUGUCGAGCUGGAAAAUAAAUAUUCAGAGUCGCAGAAAGAAAAGAUAUUGCAAGUUAUAAAUGAGGAUGAUAUUUCCCUUUUGUCAAGAUAUGACAUUACAAAAGCGAGACUAAAAAAAUUCACAUCAUGGGUUAAAAAAAAUGGUAAUUUAAAAACAUUGUCAAAUUUAAAAGAAGUAGAAGGUUUCACUGAGAAAACUGCUGAGAAACUUUUUAAUAGUAUAAUUUUAGGGCCACAAGAAAAGGUCCAGAAUCUUAGUACAAAGAUCAAGGGGCAAAUAUUGUAUCCUCAUUUAAAUGAAGCUUUGCGACAGAGUUGCAAAUCAGUGCUAGCAGUGUAUAUUACAGUGAAUUCAGUGUGUUGGACACUAAUCGAUAAGGACAACUAUGAGGUACAGGAGUGGAGGUACUAUCAUAUUGACUAUCCGGAUAGUAAAAAGAUGCAGAUCACUAAUAUAUUGGACAUUGCUUGGGACGUCACAAGAAAAUUGCCAAACGCAGAUAUCUACGUGAUGAAAGCAGAGCCGACCAGUCUGCGAGCGGCUGGCAGCGAUCCAAACAAUCCCAAAGUGUUAGGUGUUAACUUACAGAAAUCUCAACUCAUAGCUAUGAUUGUCGCACUUAUAAGUGUUAAAAAUAACUUUUAUGCAGAUAGAGGUAAUGAAGAAACAGAAAGUAGCGAUAAUCUGGAAUUAAAGCAAAAAGUAUAUUUCCUUAGACCUACCCUUCCAUUUAGACUUUAUGGUACCCUGGUUGGUAACGAAAGAGUGUCUACUGAUCAAACAGUAGAGACACUUCUACAAGAAGUAAAAACUAGAGAGUCAAAGUCUCAAGUACAUGUUCCUGAUAAUCUUGUAGCGAUGUUUAGAAACCAGAAGGAGUUGCAGAAGGACAUGUUGGGCCAAUGUUUGUUGUUGGCCCUCACUUUCAUGGACGUCUGUAUUUACAUGAACAAGGAUAGUAUCAACAAAUUGUUGAAACGCGGAGAAUGAUCCUUGAUGAAACAAUAAUUGCGUGUGAAUUGAUAGAAAUACGUGUUGGCCCAAUGCUUGUGGAGAUGUUCAAAGACCUUGGCAUUUAUAUGCAUAAGGAUGGGAUUACAGAUAAUUAUUUUCACAGUUACCACAGAUAGUACCAUAAAACAUAAUGCGUCAAUGGUGGUUGUUGGCCAAAAUCUUCAAAAAUGCGAACUUUUUAUUAAAUAGUAACAUGCUGGAUACAUAAUGAACUACUGAAAUACUUAUUAGUUGCUGGAACAAUGUUUGUCGUUAUUCCCAAGUUAAUGGACUUUUGCCACAGACGUAAGGUUAUAUACAUAAAUAUGGUAAGUCUAGUUUAGACUUUAAAACAACUGUAUUAACAGGUUAAGUGAUUGUUGAUUAUGAAAUAGAUAGUAUAUAAAAUUAA